AGAGCAUCUCAAGGGGGCUUUCCCUGAAAAUUGAUGUAUCCAAUACAAUGAUCAUUCAACCUGGUCCAGUUGUGGAUUUUUUAAUUGCCAAUUGGAAUGACAUAGAUCCUUACUCCCUAGACUGGACCAAGGCUAAACGAACUCUUAAGAAUCUGAGGAUAAAAGUCAGUCCAUCCAAUCAGGCAUACAAAAUUACUGGAUUGAGCGAGCAAAUGUGCAAAGAUCAGUUGUUUUCCUUGAAGCAGAAAAGUCUGAAGAACGAUAAUGGUGACGCUGAGAAUCUGGAGAUUAAUGUUUAUGAUUAUUUUGUCAACCAUCGCAACAUACAGUUGCGUUAUUCUGCAGACCUUCCAUGCAUUAAUGUUGGAAAGCCAAAAUGGCAACGUAUAUUCCUUUGGAGGUGA